AUGAAGGCCUUUGCAGCUGCCCUUGCUGUGCUCUCUGUCGCUGCCUUCUGCUACCAGGUCUCCUCUUCACCAAAUGCUGUGCACGUUUCUGGUCCCUGCUGCCUGCGAUACAUAAGCAGAGAGAUUCCCCUGAGCCGUGUGAAGGCGUACGAGCCCACGCAGAGCCACUGCCCCCAACCAGGCGUGAUAUUUACCACAAGGAAUGAUAUCUUGUUGUGUGUCAACCCUGAAGAUAAAUGGGUCCAGCGUAUCAUGAAACACCUGGACGACCAGGCAGGCAAGCGGGAGAUAACACUAUAG